AUGAGCAACAGCUACGAACCUUCGAACAGAGUUGUUGUGGGGCAUCUCCUACUCAUCGAGGACCUGAAGUGGACGUCGCCAAUUGUACACGGAUUGUUGCUGAGGAAAGCUGAUCCGAAGACUGUUUCCCAAGUGAACGGGAUCAAAUUCAUUGUUGGCAAUAAGGUGAUCCAAUUCACACCCCAGCAAUUUUGCGUCGUCACAGGGCUAAGCCUGUUGGAAUUAGAAAAAGCCUUCCGCGACUGCGCUGAUGCGGAUGAUGCAUUGAAGCUCGGCUUUGUAUACUUCGCUGUGUUUGUGCUGUUGGGCAGUGAAAAACAUGUCCCCAUUGACAUGCGAUAUUUGAAGUUGGCGGAAGACCUUGAAGAUUUUGGUAAAUAUCCAUGGGGUGCUGUGUCUUAUGCGAAGACAAAUGCGUCACUGCUGAGGGCACUGUGUGCAGAUUACCAGCGAGUGAAAGGGCCGAAAAAAGCUUCGAAAACAAAAAAAUCUGAAAAGCAAGUAAAGACAACGGCAACCGGUAGACCCAAGAGAGUACCACCUAAAGGGGUUUGCCUUUGCACUUCAGUAAUGGGUUCUAAAACAGUAAUGGGGGAGAGAGAGAGAGAGAGAGAGAUUGAGAGCUGCAUUGGAGGAGCUAAAACAUCAUUUGUUCAUUUGUUGAAGGAUGAAGACGAAUAA